AUGCGUCAUCUAUUUAGCAUUCUAUUCCAAGACCCAGAGAUUCUUGAUGAAAAUAAAAGGUGCUGUGGUAACUGGAGUUUAGUUUUAAAUAAUGAAUAUGAAACCUACCUUCUACAAUCCAUAAGCACUGUAGUCCUUGGAGUUGAUAAACUUGACAAUAUACAAGUCUUAGCCAAUGCAAUUGAGAACAGAAUACAGAAAUAUUUUCAAGAUGAGGAUGAUAUAUCAAUAGAUAGGGAGAUAGAUGUUUUGUGUAUUGGUAUUUCAUUACUCAACCUGUUUGUGCAGAAUAACUGGACCGGACCUGCAACAAAAUGUCAGCCAACAGACUUCCUUUCAAAAGGAUUGUCAAAUAAGGCUGAAGAGUUAAAAGCAUUUUGUAAAGAAGCUCUAAGUAGCAACAGCGUUCCUGUGUAUCCUCUGCUUGAUUACCCAGAAUACCUUCUGCUAGCAAAAGUGAUUUUAGUGCAAUGCCGCCCUCUAUUGAAAAGUUGUCAGACAUCUGAUUGGUGGGCAAUGAGGUGCCUAUGGAUACAACAGCAGCUAAUGGACGAGAAGUCGCCUGAAAUUCAUGAACAAAUUAUGAAUUUACGGGAAUCAAUUUUUCAGAAUGAUAGUAUAAUGUCAUGUGAAAACAACAAGGAGCUGUGUGUUAGGUUCCACCUGGAAUGCAGUCCUAUAUGUCACUAUUAUUAUCACUACCAAAAGAGUAGAGAUCACUUAGAAGCUGCCCAGAAGGCUGCUGGAAUCACUGUUAGUUUUACAGGUGCUCUAGGAAAAAGGACCAAAUUUCAACAGACAAAUUGUGCACAAUUAAUUGUAAAGGUUGAAAAACAUGGCGACGUUGCUGAAAAGUCAUUUUCAAGGUUGUCUGAAGAUGCUAAAUCACUCGUUAAACAGCAUCUACCUAAGGAUCUUCAGCUAGAUGACGAUGUAAUUUUAGAACAUGUUAAACUGCUUGAGCGAAGUGAAUCUGAGUCUCCAAGUCUUACAGCAUUAGAGCAAGCUAUCAUCCUCGCCCUCUUUGCUGAGCACAAAAGGAAUAGUGCCAAAUUUGAACUGCUGAAGGAAGAACUAUCUGCAUAUAUUGAAAAUAUCGUAGCUCAGCCACAGUGUUGGGGUGCACAGUUGAAGGCGUUGAUGGCUCGCUCCUUAUUGGAGAAAGACAAGGGAAGGAAAAUUGAGAGAGCUAUGAUGCAGAUGGAGGUGUUGGUAAAUGAACUGAAGCAGGAUAAGUGUCCAGUCAGCGUUCGAUUCCAUCAAUUCUAUGCUCUUAAUCUACCACCAAAGUGGGUGGUAGAGGGUGAAUUUGCGAGUCUAUUGUACAGUUUAGGAUCAACAAGUGCUGCACUGCAAAUCUACCUAAGACUUAAUCUGUGGGAGGAUGCUGUCCAUUGUUACCAGAGACUUGAUAAACUUGAUAAGGCCGAACGAUUAAUACAGGAGCAACUCUCAAUCAAGGAGACACCACUCAUGCUGUGUCUGCUUGGGGAAGUGACUAGGAAACCUGAGUACUACUUGAAGGCCUGGGAGGUGUCCAAUCAGACGAGCGCUAGAGCUCAAAGGUCACUGGGGAGACUGUAUCUCGAUGAGAAAAAAUAUGAAGAGAGCAUUCAGUGUUUUGAGAAGUCUCUGGAGAGGAACUCGCUGCAAUACAAUACUUGGUUUCUUCUUGGGUUUGCAGCCAUCAAAUCGGAGCAGCAUAGAGUGGCCAUAAGGGCCUAUAGGAAAUGUGUUACUAUAGAAGUAGAUAAUUUUGAAGCCUGGAACAACCUUGCACAUUCCCAUAUAAAAUUGAAAGAAAAGGAUAAAGCUCAUAUGACACUACAAGAAGCCAUCAAGUGUAAUUAUGAAAGUGCAAAAGUUUGGGAAAACUUCCUAUUUGUAGCGAUAGAUGUUGGAGAUUUUCAGGGCAGCAUACGGGCAUACCACAGGUUACUAGAUUUCCAAGAAAAAUACACAGAUGUAGAAAUUUUAAAUAUCUUGGUCACAGCUGUUGUUGAAGACCUCUUAGACAAAGGUGGCAUUCCAGCCUCACAAUUCAGGAAGAAACUUCUUGAGCUAUUUGGUCGUUUAACGUCAACUGUCACAGGUAAUGCCGAGGUGUGGCGGUCAUACGCAAGACUGUUAGGUGACUGCAAUUCAACAGACCAAAUGGACAAUGACAAGGCAGUACAGUGCCUUCAAAAAUCGCAUCGGUCAAGAACGCAGACCACUGAUUGGUCUAAAGAAGUAGAGUCUUGCAAAAAGAUAAUGGAACAGUCCAUUGAGCUUGCUAAAGCAUACCAAUUAGUCAGUGGAGCCAAAAGUAGUCAAGUAGAAGCAAUCCAGUUGCUAUCAUCGGCAAAACUCAUGCUCAAGUCAGUUGUCAGUAAUACCAAGUUACAUCAUGGUCAGUUUGAGAAUGAAUCAACCACAGAGAUGUCUGGCCUUCAAUCCCAACUGGAACAGGAAUUACAAAACGUGAUUGCAAUGAUAAACAUAAGAAAGGAGCAGGUUUGAGUGAUGUAGGCAGAAUUAAAAUAUUACAACCCCAUUUUUAGCUCCAAUUAGAAGCUCUUGGAAUACCUGGCUGUUUUAUUAAUAUGUCUUUUUUGUAUGGGCGGCCGUUAUGGCCAAUUAUUUUUAUUAUUAUCUAAAAACACUUGGCUAAACCUCACUUCUUAUUGAUGUUGUUGUUACACAUAAACUAGAUGUGAUUUCCAACAAACGUUCAUGGCCCUUUUUUUAAGUUUGACCCUAGGGUGCCCCAUACACAUACAAAACAAAAUAGGGGUUCAACAAGGACUGUACAUUACUGUCAUUCCCACAAAUAACACAGAUCAUAUUAAUGGCGCGGUCGCUUAACGAAGUGUUCUAAGGAGCCAAAGUCGUAAGUUUGAAUCGCGUCUUAGUAUUAAAUUUUUAUUAUUAUUUUUUUAAUUUUAAGGCAUUUAAUUUUUUCAAUUUCAAGUCAUUUUAAUUUUGUACAAAUGAACAUUCUAAUAAUUUAAAAAAUUCUAUCUUAUUAGCUCUUCCAAAUUUUUGGUCAACCAGCUCUCAAAUACCUCCAUUUAUACAAAAAAAAAAAAUUUAACACUGAAUAGAGGUAACCUCUGUUUAACACGCGGGCAGGCGAGCGGUCGCUCUUAUUUGUAUGAGUGGCCGUUAGGGCCAAUUAUUAUUAUUAUUAUUAUCUCCGAUGAGAAGCUAUAGAAGCAAUUGCCUGAUUGAUUAAUAGAUCUUUUUACCUCCGAUGAGAAGCUCUAGGAAUUCCCUGCUGAUUGAUUGAUCUUUUUUGCUGAUUGAUUAUUAGAUCUUUUUCGUAUGGGCGGCCAUUAGGGCCAAUAUAUUCUAUCGCCUCAUUAUACUGCCCUCAACAGAGCUUUCGAGAUUACGAGAACUUGUUAUUUCCAUGUUAGUAGUUAUAUAUUAGAAUGUUAUUUGUAAGAGUUUUUGAGUACAACUGUUAAUAAAUGAGUCGGACUCUGAAAUCUA